CUGCCUCUUAUAUAUCGCAACCACGUUUUGCAGCUAUGAGUAAUUGCACAGUCAUAUCUAAGCACGUCCUGCAGGGCGCGGCGCUGUGGCUCGUUGCUGAGAAAGCACGGGCGGUGACACACGUCCUGCAUGCGGGCCGCGCCUCGCAAUCCCAUGCCCAGUCCAUUGUUUCCGGAUUUCGGUGGGCGCGGGCUGACUGGGCCCAAUCCCGGUUAUGAUUCAUUCGAGGGAGGGUUUCGCUGUGGCCCUGCGCUGUGGCCCUUCUGCCCGCUGUAUUGCCGUGUCCGGACACUGAGCUUUUUUCGUUGGUUUUUCGACGAUCGUUUUUUUGUCGGCAUCUUUUUGAUUGCCCGUCUUUUUUUUGUUUGUAUUUCUUAUCAGAUUUUUGCCUAUUCGUUUAGUUUGUCUUUUUUGCAGGUGCUCUUUGUGUUGGCUUGUGCCUUUGGUUUGUCUUUUGGCUAUUCUAAUACUAGUGGUCGUGCCAGGGCCUGUUCGCACGACUUGUGCCCCGGUCCUGCCCUCCUAUAAUUUUCUCCACUGCCACGGCACUAUACACCCGCGGCCACAGCCAAUUUCGGGGGUUCAGAUCCAGCGCGCAUUUUUGCUCAGUGCAAUAGAUCCGAUCCGGCCUGGAGAUGGCGUUUGAUAAGGCCGCCCGUUGCCACCCUUCGCGGGGGG